CUGUUGUUGCUGCCUUCGAACGCGACCCACCUGCUUCAACCACUGGAUGUCGCUGUGUUUUCGUCGUCCAAGGCGAAGCUACGCCGCCUAACCGAGAUCUACGUUGGCGAGUCUGGACGCAAUUCGGUCGACAAAGAGGAAGCCAUUCGGAUGGCAAGCGCAGCAUGGGUAGGAUGCAAGAUGGGUGAGAACGUCAAAGCGGGGUUUGCUGGGUGCGGCCUUUUCCCUCCGUCCAACCCUCGUAUGGACAUGUGCAUCGACAAUUUCCGGCACAACGGGACCCCCGCAUCUACGAAGCUGGCAGCGUGGCUCCGGAUCAAGGAGGAUGUGCAGAAGGAUGUGCUCGUGCUAUCGCCGUCCAAGAAGCGGGUGCGCAAGACAGCAACGGUCGCCGGUCGUUAUUUGACCAAGGAAACACUGGAAGCGAUGGCACAACCGGUGAAGAAGAAGGCAGCCAAGACGAAGAAGGAUCCGAUGGCAACGAAGGCGACGAAGACGAAGAGGGCGCCGUCUCCGGUGCCGGAGCCUGUGCAGCUGCAGUUCCAGUCUGCUUCGAAGCACGGUGAGGCAAACCAGCAGGAGGAAGUUGUGUGCGAGGCGGUAGUUUAG